AUGGACGCCCAUAGUGACUUGUCGAUCGACACCACCAAGUUCGGCCGCGCGGCCAUCUCGGCCAAAACCAAUGCCUUGAACGAAAUGCUCAUGGACAUCAUGUCGACCGGACCGAAGUGGUACGAAGUUGGAGCACCAAAAUAUCGCGAAAUGCGUGCCGCCGGCGAAACACCCCUCCCAAAGUCAGUCUACCUAGACUCGGCAGAAGACUUUGCCAUCCCAUCGCGAGACGCAGGUCGCGAUAUCCCGUGUCGAAUCCUUCGUCCGCAGAAUGGCAAAGACAUCCGUGCGGUUUUCCUCCACAUCCACGGUGGAGGGUGGGUUCUUGGGGACGAAAAGUCUCAGGAUUCGAAUCUCCAGGACCGCGCCAACAGGACCGGCGUGCUCGCGCUGUCUGUGGGUUAUCGUCUCGCCCCUGAACACCCGUUCCCUGCAGGGCCCAACGACUGCUACGAUGUUGCAGAGUGGCUGGUCGACAAUGCGACGUCGAAGUUCGGCGCACCGUUGGGCUUCGUUGGCGGUGAAUCGGCAGGGGCACAUCUGAGUAUGCUGGUCGCACUGCAUCUAAUGCAACAUUCUGCGCCUCGUUAUGCAGAGUUCCGGUUCAAAGGUCUCUUAUUGCAUUUCGGCUGUUACUCCAUGGUCUGGACGCCUGGAGUCUACCACUUCCAGAAGCGUCAACCGCUUGUGCUUGAUAAAGAUUUGAUGGACGCGUUUCGUGAUGCCUUCCUCCCAGGCACGUCUGAAAGCGAGAGAAUGCAUCCUUCGAUUAGUCCUCUCUACGCCAAUCUUGAGCUGCUGAGGGGAAAGCUUCCGGCGGCGCUAUAUACCUGUGGGACAGAAGACUGUUUGUUGGAUGAUACAAUGUUCAUGAGUACCAAGUGGCUGAUGGCUGGCGGAGAAGCGAUUGUCAAGAUCAUCCCUGGCGCUCCGCAUGGGUACCUCGCGUUUCCAAGGAGUGUAGAGGGGAGCGGUGCCGCCGAGGGAUUAGAUGCUGUAGAGCACUUUAUACUGUCGAAACUCGACUGA